GUAUCUUUCCUUCCAUGCACCACCAACUUCGCCGACGGUAAACGAAGUCGCGGUGGGGGACAUGCUUGGCUACGUUGCCARGAUGGCCCGCGAGUUUGUCUCGCAACGGUACGAAGAAAACAACGCACCGUUGCUGUACGUUCGCAUUCAGAUUGGGCAAGCGGUCUGCAACGCUUUGCUAGAUUGUGGCGCAACUCGCAACUUCAUCAGCCAGUCCUUCAUGACUCGGGCUGGCCUUAGCGCACAAGUACGGAGGAAGUCACAUCCGACGACGGUCGCUCUUGCCGACGGUAAGACGAAACAGCUUUUAGACCGUUAYAUCUCGGCUGUCCCGGUGUACUUUGCACCGCACGCAUGUGAACCCGUCACUUUUGACGUGUUGGACACCGACUUCGAUGUCAUUUUGGGGAUGCCUUGGCUUUCUAGCGCGGACCACACGGUCAAUUUCCAUCGACGCACGCUCACGAUUUGUGAUGCAACUGGCGCCGAGGUCCCGCGUAUAGUGCCGGACCGGCCAAUCUCUCACGAGAUCAUACUUGAGGCCGGCGCCGUGCCACCGAAAGGAUGCAUUUAUCGCAUGUCUGAGGAGGAGCUCACGGUUCUCCGUGCGCAACUCGACGAUCUACUCGACAAGGGUUGGAUCCGCCCUAGCAGCUCACCUUACGGUGCGUCCGUUCUCUUCCUUCGGAAGAAGAACAAGGACCUUCGACUUUGCAUUGACUACCGACAUCUCAACGAGCAAACCAUCAGGAACGCGGGGCCUCUACCUCGCAUUGACGAUUUGCUUGAGCGGUUGGGCGACGCCAAGUACUUUUCGAAGUUGGACCUCAAGUCGGGCUACCAUCAGAUUUCCAUCCGCCCGCAAGAUCGGUACAAAACCGCGUUUAAGACACGAUAUGGGCAUUUUGAGUGGGUAGUUAUGCCUUUUGGCCUCACCAAUGCCCCGGUCACCUUUCAGGCGGCCAUGACCACCGAGUUUCACGCUAUGUUGGACCGCUUCGUUUUGGUCUACUUAGACGACGUCCUCAUCUAUAGCCGAACUCUAGAGGAGCAUCCCAAGCACCUUCGCCGUGUUCUAGAGACGCUUCAGUCAGCCCGGUACAAACCUAACCGCGACAAAUGCGAGUUUGUCCGGCAAGAGCUUGAAUAUAUGGGUCAUUUUGUCUCUCCAGAAGGCAUUCGUCCGUUGGUGGACAAGAUUCAAGCCAUUUCGGAGUGUCCCGAGCCGAAGAAUGUGACGGACAUGCGAUCCUUCCUCGGCUUGGCCGGUUAUUAUCAGCGCUUCAUCAAGGGUUACUCGAAGAUCGCGGCCAACCUAAGCAAGUUACAAAGCGAGGAGCGGCCUUUUGACUUCGACGACAACGCGUGCCAUUCUUUUGAGACACUCAAAGCGGCACUCUUGUCCGCCGAGACCCUGACAUUGACAAUGUCACCGACAGGCGGAGACGCUGUCCCCGCUCGAUCAUCGCCCAUUGCGAGAUCUCCGCAGGGGACGCCCGAUCCUCGUCAAAGCGUCGAUCGAUCUCCAUGUGCAGCGCGGGGGUUGUUGGGCGUUUCACCGCACAGCGGUAGUCCGGAGGUCUGGUUGGGGAAAAGGCGCCGCGGUACGGUUUCGCAUGCGACUGGCAGCGUCGUUGGCCCGGGCGUGACACCCAUUUCGCCUUUCGCUGGUGUGUUAGGGGCUUCUCCGCCGGGUGUGGCCGGGGUUUGUGACGCGGCUGCGUACGGAGGUGUGUGUGGUGGUCCGUUGCUGUCAUCCCCACUGCUGCCUAGACGGCUGGAGUAUGCGGCCAUGAUUCCUUUAGCACCUGUAUGGUCACAUGCGGUGGCCCCGCCAUGUCCCGCUGGAGGCUGUUCUCUUUCAGGAGAUCACAGCGACGCUUGGCGUUGUCCAACCGUUUCACGUCCACGAGUCGUCGGCGCGGCGGCGGGUUCGUUUGCGGUGCCGCCUCAGGCUCCCUUUGUCACUCCUGAUUCCACACCUCCGGUUGACGAUGUGGAUAGCUCUGCGGCAGUCGGCGGCACGCCGUGUUCGGGCGGCAACAGCAUCGUGCGAGUGUGUGUGUGGGACGCGUGUUGGAGACGGUUGUACGCUCUCCGCGACGCUAUGGCCGGUGUGGGUGACCAUCGCGGACCGGUCAGCGACGUUAUUGAUCGGCUGCUCCACAGGUCCUUGCCAGCCAUCCGUGCGGAGUUUGGUGUCGAGGUAGCAGAUGUGAUUUCUUCUUCGUUGCCAUCUCGGCUCUGUAAGCUGACGUUCGUAUGCGACAAGAAAUGCAAAUGGACGUGGCACACGGCACUCGUGACCACGAACGUCUAUCACUCGCGACUGAUGCAGCAGCUCUUUCAUGCCACAGUCACCGCCGGCUUUACGUUCACACUCCUCGACAACUUUUGUAUUGGUUUAGGGAUGUGCUCGGUGCACAAACCCACAUUCUACAAGUUUAUGCGCACUGAACUGGGGUCGGCGGAGGGGUGGAAUGCCAAGGUCGUACGACAGGGCAUAAAAUAUUGCGAGCUUGCCUUUGACACUGUGAUGCGCCGUGGUGAGCCAGUGACAUUGAUGGUUGAUGGUCGACAUGACUCUACCAGAGGCGAGCACCAUUGCACUAUCACCGCGAUGGAGUACGAGACUCGGCUUGUUGUAGGUGUUCACACUCUCCGUCCGAAGAUUGAAGGCAAGGCAUCGAAUGCGCUUGAGGUGCCAGCCCUCGUGCAACUUUUGCGAGGGCUGAUGGAGAAGGGGUUGAAGAUCCGGUGCGUUGUCUCGGAUGAUUGUGCCUUUAUGCAGUUCACGAAGAAGCCGCUAAAGGAGGCGUUGGAGCAGCGUUUUGGACCUGACGUCCUCACACCUGUUGAGGAGCGGAUAAAGAAAUCAGAUUUCGUCGUUGUCGUCAUGCGAAAGAUGUACCCCUACGGAUCGAGGUCGAACGCUCGAGCGUUGGAGACUGAUCCAGACGGCUUGACAGAGUAUCAUGCGCAUGAGGUUGGGAUGUGGUUCCUCCGCGCUUGCCAGCUGUGCAGCGAGGAGGGCGGAGACGCCGACAGUCUACACCGCGACAUCAUGUUGGUCGCCGAUCAUUGGGUUGGUGAUCAUUCGGGAUGUGUCGACGGAAGGGAGGUUCUGUGCGAGAAGGUCGGUGGCCGUGCACGAUUGCCUUUGUAUAGCCGCACGGACAUGGUCUACGAGCUCGUUCUGUGUGUUCUCGAUAAACAAUGCAACACUAACAUCACGCCGUACUACGUCGAGUUUCGGCACACAUCGGCAGUGGAGACUUUUCAGGGCACCAUCAUCAUCUAUGCGAAGAAGUCGGUCUAUUUCGAGAAGUCUUACUGUGCACGUUUGUCGAUCGCAGUGAUUCGGUGGAACAGUCACUGCUGGCGCGACCCGGUCGAGUAUGUUGCUCACAUAGCUACGGGCACUUCCAUACGCGCGAGACCAGGUUUCCGUCGACACUACGGUCACGAGGCGAUCGACUGUUGGGAGGACAGAUUGGCGGCGUCCGUGUUCGGUUCGGCUCAUGUUUGAGAACAGGCUCAAGAACUUCGGCGACAGGAGGUUUGUCCUCAUGGAGUCGGGCCAUUGCCGCG